CGUGUCUAAAAAAAACAUUACAUCCAAACAUUGGAAAAACUGCUUCUGAAAAAUGAACCAAUGAAAAUUCAUAAUUGGAAAAAUUUCCCGCCCACAUGUGUUAAAAAUAGUCACACUUUUGAAUUGAGAGUAAAAUCUCUUAAAGUGGAAAAACAAAUUUUUGAGACGAUAAUACUUUAAAGUGAUCCUUCAUCGUUGCAUAGUCAAAUGGUGCGUGUCGCGAUCAAAGUGUUGUGAUUUUUUGUGUUAAGUGUUUUUUUUGUUUUUCAAGUGUUUUUUGAAAAAUUUUGAAAUAAAAAAUAAAUACCACUUACAUGUGAAUAAAUUGAAGAAAAAGGUGCGCUUAAAUUAUUAAAAUAAUUAUAGUAAAUUUAUAAGAAAACAAGACUUCACUUUUAAAUGCCGAAAUUAAAACGAGCAGCGAGUCCUUUUGAUGUUUUCGAUGAUGACUUUGAUGAAGAUGCUAGUUCUAAUAGUUCAAAAAAUGGCAAUCCACCAAUUCAGAGGAAUGCCGCAAAUGCUCGCGAACGAGCACGCAUGCGCGUUUUGUCCAGUGCCUUUGGCCGGCUUAAAACCAAACUUCCAAACAUUCCUCCAGAUACAAAACUUUCCAAAUUAGAUACCUUAAGACUAGCUACGAUCUAUAUUAAACAAUUAAAAACACUCCUCGAAGGUGGUACAGAUGAAUCAAUGGAUGUUGAACCAGCUUUUAGAUUCCAUCAAACACCGCAAAGCAUGACUUGGCCUUUUACAUUUCAACAUAUUCAAGCAAGCAGACAAUUAACAUCACACUAUGCGCCCAUGGAAUGGACUCAACCGGAAAAAUACUCAAACGAUAUUUAUCGAAAUCACAAUCUUUUAACGAAUAAUAAUAAUAAUAACAACAAUACAAAUUUAAUGAAUAACAAUAUCAGCAACACAAAUCACAAUAAUAACAACAACACCAACAACAACAUGAUGCAAUCUCACAGUAGUUGUCUUUUUGAUCAUCAUCGUCCCAAUCAUGGUCAUGUGAUUCAUUAAAAAAAUGUGUAAAUUUUUGUUAAGUUAAGUUCAAAACCAAAGCCAAAUAUAGUAUUUAAUUUUUUUUU